UUUCAAUCAGGCUUCCAGAAAGUGCAAUGGAAAACUGGAAAGGAUUGGAGAAAUUAUACGCCCACCCACCGCCACAUACAGACAAACAGGAUAAUGCCAAACAUAAAACCUAACGGUCAUACCGUUGAAUUUCUUCAGCACAGUAUCUUUUCCUUUCUCUUCCACUUCAUUUUGUCCUUAUCUUCAUCGAUCAGUUUUCUCGGUAUUGUCAAUUGAAUUCUGUUCAUUUAAUGGCAACUUAAUUGCACGAUCCUCUGCAUCAUGGGUCGGAGAAGGAAAGACGAGGGGCGUUUGCUUAAAAAUUUGUUAUUUGUAACUGUAAUGUGAUUGCGGCGCAAUUGACUAUUUGAUAUGAGCACGCCGAACCGGGUGACGGCAAAAGACUUCGUCGAGGAUGGGAAGAAACGGAUUGUUUUUCUAGUCAUGUGCGCUGUGGGACUGUCAUAUCUCAUGUCGUUGACUAGCUCAUCAGUUUGGGUAAACUUGCCAGUUGCUACCUCUCUUGUUAUUGUUCUCCGCUAUUUAUCACUAGAUUUUGAAAUGAAGAGAAAAGCUGUAGCAUACAACAGUAGACCCUGCACAACCGCAGCUCAGUCUUCAAGGAAACCUCUUGAGUCUGCCAGAGUUAUCGCAAAGUCUGAUUGGAGAGAAAAGGUGAAUUCCCCUGAUGUUGAGGAAGCAAUGGAGCACUUCACUAGACAUCUCGUUUCUGAGUGGGUGACUAACAUGUGGUACUCUCGGUUGACACCAGAUAGAGAGGGUCCUGAGGAGUUAGUGCAAAUAAUAAUUGGUGUUCUUGGAGAGAUUUCAGGACGGAUGAGGAAUGUAAACCUGAUUGAACUUUUGAUAAGUGAUCUUAUUGAUCUUGUUUGCACACACUUGGAGGUGUUUCGUGCUACUUUGGCAGAAAUUGAAAAGCAAAGCUCAUCUCCUUUAACAACUGAAUCUCGGGAUACAGAAUUGAAACUUGCAUUGGCUGCAGAGGACAAAUUGCAUCCUGCUUUAUUUUCUGCUGAAGCUGAGCACAAGGUUUUGCAGCAUUUGAUGGAAGGUCUUAUGUCAGUCACUUUCAAGCAUGAGGAUCUGCAAUGCUCUUUCAUCCGAUAUGCUGGUCGAGAACUACUUGCACAUGCAGUGAUGAGACCUGUUCUCAACUUAGCUUGUCCAAGAUUUCUUAAUGAAAGAAUUGAAUCUGUGGUAAUUAAUAAGACCAAACUUAACAAAGGAGCUAACGCAGUUCAAGAGGCGUCUCACUCUAUGGAUGAUAGAUUGAAGAUAUCUUCUGGUCAUUUUACUAAGCAUUUCGAUUCUUCUGUUACUGGUUUAGAGCUAGUACAGCUAGGAAAUAGUCAUUCUAGAACUGCAAAGUCAUGGGUGGAGCAUAAUGCUUUUGAUACUUUUUCUAAAGAUCCAUUGCGUUCGAUUGAUGCUCUAUUAUCACUUUUAUGGAAGUCAUUGCCGUCAAACUCCCGAAUUAGUGAUAAUCAAGGUGUUAAACAGUAUCACUCGGGAGGGCAGUGGGGUGAGAUCUUAAAUCUCCUGUCCCAGAGGAAGAGCGAAGCUCUUGCUCCAGAACAUUUUGAGAACAUGUGGACAAAAGGGAGAAAUUACAAGAACAGGGAUGGGGAGAAUCAGUCAAGUGAGCUUGUCCCACAACAUGUUGUGGGAGGAAAAUUGCCAAACAUUGAUCAUAAGAAGGCAAUAUCAGGACCUAAAGAAAAGGAAACUAAUUCUAAACUUAAUCCCUCCAAAGGUGCCGGUGCUAAUUUGGGAUGCAGUAAUCGUUAUAUGGUAGAAGACACUCUUUGUGCAGACCAGAGUAGAUCAACUGGCCCAUCAGUUCCAUCAUCUCAAGAUGAUGACCAAAGCCGCAUGCGUUUGCUGAUGAUUGAUUCAGGGAGCAGUACGUCUUAUACAUCUGAAGAUGAUGAAACUAGCAUGAUCAGCAGUCUCAACUCCACGGGAACUAAAGUUUGGGAUGGAAGAAGAAAUAGAGAUCGGGGUUUCUCUCUCACUCACCACCCACUUGAACAUUUUGAUAGUCAUAAUACAAAGGUGAAUAAGAUACAACCGCGCUAUCAAAGAUUAUCCAGAACCCGAUAUGGCUGGAAAAGGUCAAGUGGUCAUAACAUGCAGGAAGUUAAGAGAACUAGCUUUUUAUCUGGAGAUGGACAUGAUAUACUUGAGUCAUCAACAUCAAAUGCAAACUAUGAGGAUUUUAUUCAGUUUGGCGACGAUUUGGGUAGAAUACAUAGUGGAGCAGCAGCUUCUACUUCAGCAUCCUUUAUUUCUAGAUCAGAAUCUUGCAGUUUUGCUGUUAAUCCCCUGAAAAGUUCACUUCCGGUACAUUCUUUUCCCAAAUUGAGAUGUGAGGUCCUCGGCGCAAAUAUUGUGAAGAGUGGGUCAGGAACAUUUGCUGUCUAUUCCAUAUCUGUAACAGAUGUAAAUAAUAGGAGUUGGACAAUUAAAAGGAGGUUUCGUCAUUUUGAGGAACUACAUCGGCGCCUGAAAGAGUCUCCUGAUUAUAACCUUCAUUUGCCUCCAAAACAUUUUCUGUCAACAGGUUUAGAUGUAACUGUUGUUCAAGAGCGUUGUAAGUUGUUGGACAUUUAUUUAAAGGAGCUUAUGCAGCUUCCAAUAGUUUCAGGAUCAAUUGAAGCAUGGGACUUUCUCAGUAUUGACUCUCAGACGUACCGAUUCUCAAAUUUGCUUUCAAUUGUCAAAACAUUGUCAGUUGACGUGGAUGAUAAACCAUCUGAGAAAAGUAAAAGCACCUCCAAUUUUUCUAUACGUGACCUCUUUGCCUCCAGAAGAGAAAACACUGUUGCUAAAAGUAAUGAGGCUGUUCUUGAUAAGGAAUCUCGGGAUUUAUUGGAAAAUUCUGGCAUUGAUGCAAGUGCUAGAGCAGGGAAGAGUGAAACUUCUCCUGAGAAGUUGCGAAGAACGCAAGGGAAAGAGCCUGAUGGUUCCAUUGAGGUGUCUGAUUUACUCCAUGAUACUUCUGACGCUCUUCCUACAGAGUGGGUGCCUCCAAAUUUGAGUCUUCCCAUAUUGGAUCUGCUUGAUGUUAUCUUCCAGCUUCAAGAUGGUGGAUGGAUUAGGCGGAAAAUUUUUUGGGUGGUUAAACAGAUCCUACAACUAGGAAUGGGUGAUGCUUUUGACGAUUGGUUGCUGGACAAAAUCCAGCUGCUCCGGAAGGGGACAGUGAUUGCUUCUGGGAUCAGGCGAGUUGAACAAAUACUAUGGCCUGAUGGAAUAUUCAUAACCAAGCAUCCAACUCGAUGCCCGCCACGUUCCAGCCCAGCUCAGAAUUCACCUCACGGCCAGAAACCUAAAGAUUUAUGUUCUCAGAGCAUGGAGGAUAAGCAGAAACAAGAGGAAGAACGUCGUGCACAGUUUGUGUACGAGCUAAUGAUUGAUCAUGCACCAACAGCAAUUGUAGGUCUUGUUGGUCGCAAGGAGUAUGAACAGUGUGCUAGGAACCUCUAUUUUUUCCUUCAGUCAUCUGUUUGUUUGAAGCAGCUGGCUUUUGACCUUCUUGAAUUACUAAUGGUGACAGCAUUUCCAGAACUAGAUCAUGUAUGCAAGCAGCUGCACGAAGAAAAGCACAAGUUUGGCGAAUUCAAUCCGAAUUAGAUUAUCCAUAGGUUACAUAAAUUUUUUGAUGGUACUGGCUGCCCCAUGUUUCUCUGCAACCAACCAAGUAUUUGUCUCCCUGCAUUCUUACCGCAUCAUGCAAUUUGUGGAUUCAGUACUAAAGUCUGGCUAGAUCAGCCCUCAGGCGUUAACAAAAGUCUGAAGUCCAAGUAUGUACAGAAUACCAAACAAGGAAAGAAAAGAAGAAAGUUUUCUUAGGAAUUACUCCAUUUUGAGCCUAACCCAAUUUAAAUCUGAAUUACUCUGAGUCUACUUUAACUUCGGAUACCAGAUUAUUUGUGAAAAACUAAAUAAGCAAAUAAGAGUCUUUUAGAGGUGUCUAGUUUUGGCUUUGCAAGGAAUGAGAUGUAAAUAUUGAUUCUACUGCAUUCUAGGCUUUCAUAUGCAGCUCCAUGUUAUAAGUUUUCCUAUUUAUAAUGAUUUAGUUAUUUUUUCA